AUGGAGCCGCAGAUUCAAGCUCCGCCGCCCCAGCCGGCGCUGCCUCCUCGAGGUCCGCCAAUUCGCCAAGCAUCGCUAGCCCUUGGUAGGUCACCACUUUUAGCAUCAGAUCCACCACCACCGCCAACUCAGCCCCGGGCAUUGCCUCAGACCGCACAACCGGCACAGCCUACAUCACCACAACCAGUGGCCCCGCCAACACCACAGCGCCCACAGUCGCCAAGGCCUGUGGCGACGGCGGCGACCCGGUCGCCGACGCCUCCCCAGUCUCCCAAGGUGAUCCAGACUCCCUCCCCUCCACCAUCCUCGCCCUCCAGGAUGACCUCGACACGGCCGCCUUCUUCUACUCCGGUGCCACAUCCGGAGCCUGAACCGAAGCGCACAGUCGAGCAAGAGAACGCCAAGAAAAGUGGCGCCAACGGUUCCAGCAACGACGUCGUGGAGGCGCAAAAGAACAGCCGCAGCAGCAACCACAGUGACUCCUCCAAGCACAGCGCACAGCCCACCGACAUGAAAGCAUUCCCUUCUCCUUCUCCCCUCGAGAAGAAGGAUAUCCGCAAGAUGAAGGCCAUCACCAUUGCAGGACACAACGUCGGAGCGUUCAUGGAUCUCGGUUCCUCCUACAGUUACCAGAGCAGAAGGCAGCAGGUUCACUACGCGAAAAGCGAAUCCCAGGUUGAGGACGUGAAGAACACGGAGGGCAAGACGUACGCCGAGGAAAAGGUGACGAAGGCCGCAACCAACCAGCAGCCGAUGUUGUCGCUGGUGAACAGCAACGUGCAGAGUGUCAACAACUCGUUGCUCUUCAACACCUCCUGCGCCCACGGCAGCCCGGGCGUGCACAUCAAUCUCGCCAGCAAUGGCCACAAGAAUCCUUCGUCUCCGCACUGA